AUCUAGUUUCUUCUUCCUCCAUUUUUUUGCUCUUGCUCCAUCUCCAUCUUUUUUCUUCUUCCUUCGUCCCCAAUGUCUACUAGGUAUACUAGUGAUAGCUCUUCAUCUUCAAGAAAUCAAGAAUACAUCUAUGGUGAAUUGGUGAACAUUCCAAACUGUCAUUGUGGCCAACGAUUGAAGCUACAAACAUCUUGGACGAAUGAUAAUCCAGGUAGAAGGUAUUGGGAGUGUCGAUCUGAAAAUGGAGGGCAAAGAUGUGGUUUUGUUAGAUGGUAUGAUCCUUCGAUGUGUGCAAGGUCAAGAAGAAUUAUUCCUGGACUACUGAGAAGGAUUAAUCGAAAUGAAGAAGACAUAGCAAGGCUUAAAAUGAGGCUACAAGCUGGGCAAAGAAGCAAUGGUAGACAUUGGAUAGUGAUUGUAGUUCUAGUGAUGUGCAUUUUGUUUCUGGUUGUUAUAUUAUUGAGUGCACCUAAAAAUAUUAAGCUUCCUAUUAGGAGUAUUAGUAGUGGUUAGGUGUAUAGUAUUGUAAGAAGGCUUUGUAAUAUGACUACUUCCAGUAUGAAAUGAACAAUGAAUUUCUCUUUA